AUGGCGGCCGCAGCAAGAGCACUCAACCUAAUGUACCGUCUGGCUGUGCCGGCCACGGCGGGCGCAUUCCUCGUCAGCCAGUCCCUCUUCGACGUCAAGGGUGGAACCAGAGCCGUCAUCUUUGACAGGUUAUCCGGUGUGAAGGAGGAUGUUAUCAACGAGGGAACGCACUUCUUGGUGCCCUGGCUGCAGAGGAGCGUCAUCUUUGAUGUGCGCACGAAGCCGAGAAACAUUGCUACGACGACGGGAAGCAAGGACUUGCAGAUGGUGAGCUUGACACUGCGUGUGCUACAUCGACCAAACGUCAAGGCUCUGCCCAAGAUUUACCAGAACCUCGGUGUCGACUACGAUGAACGAGUUCUCCCCUCCAUCGGUAACGAAGUCCUCAAAGCUAUUGUUGCUCAAUUCGACGCCGCCGAGCUCAUCACCCAGCGAGAGGCCGUCUCCCAAAAGAUCCGCACAGAACUCACCCGUCGUGCGGCAGAGUUCAACAUUGCUCUCGAGGACGUCUCCAUCACGCACAUGACCUUUGGUCGGGAAUUCACCAAGGCCGUUGAGCAGAAGCAGAUUGCGCAGCAGGACGCCGAGCGAGCUCGCUUCAUUGUCGAAAAGGCUGAGCAGGAGAGACAGGCAAACGUCAUCAGGGCAGAGGGUGAAGCCGAGUCCGCUGAGACGAUUAGCAAGGCUAUUGCCAAGAAUGGUGAUGGCCUAGUGCAGAUUCGAAAGAUCGAGGCGAGCAGAGAGAUUGCUCAGCAGCUGUCGUCGAACCCUAACGUGGCGUAUCUGCCUACUGGGAAGUCGGGUAAUGGUGGACAGUACCUGUUGUCUGUUGGACGGGCAUAA